UGAUUCAAGCAUUGCUAGACAGGUGUGGAAGUCGAGGAGUUGGAGGUACCAGCUGGCGAACAGGCAGUGCAACUUUGAAGCAGCAUCAACGUUUUUUGAACCACCAAUUGAAAGUCCUCCUGCAAUGACGUCUAUUGAGGCAUGGUACAUGGGCAACAAUGUUGUCGAUCAGACUGCUGAGAACCGGAUGGAUCCAAAUGAACCGGUGACGAUCUCCGACCUACGUGAUCUUGGUGUAAUCCAUUGGCAUCUCCCUCCAGUUGAAGAUUACCCGGCCAAGGCGGUUCCUUGGGAACCGAAGAAUGGAAUCCAGGACAAGCAACUGGCAGCCAUCCGAGACUCUCGUGGGUACAACUAUGCCGACAUCAUCACUUGCUCAGAGGAGUGCCUCCCGGACUACCACAACAAGCUGAAAGCAUUUUUCGAAGAACACAUUCAUUCAGACGAGGAAGUCAGAUACAUUCUCAAGGGCAGUGGCUACUUUGAUGUACGGGAUCUGAAGGAUCGGUGGAUUCGGAUCAGGUUAAGCGCGGGUGAUCUCAUUGUUUUGCCUGAGGGCAUCUACCACAGGUUCACAAUGGACACGAAAAACUUCACGCAUGCAAUGCGCCUAUUCAAGGGCGUGCCCGUGUGGACACCAAUCAACCGUCCAGCAGACACGCAUCCUUUAAGAGAAAGAUACUUGCAGCGGUUUCAACCAGAGGAGCGUUCCUCCACCUGGAGCAUCGUGUCCUGCUUCCGUGGACUCGCCCAGGGUUGGCAGAAAUUGGGAAAUUGACGUGUGGAGAUGGCAGAUGUUGUUGCAUCCUGCUAUCAAUGAUUGGUGCAACUUGUCUUUUGGCACAUUCCAACGGUCUGGGAGGUGCUCUCAGAACUGAGGGAUAGGAACUUUGCUUCUGAUUCGGUGAAACAACUCGGCGUGAA